AGAAACUUGUCACUUCUCAGUUGGCGAAGAUCACAAAGUCUAAGCAAUGUAUUUCAACGCCAUGGCAAGCUUGAUCCUUUGUCUUCUUCCAUUCAUGCUCAUUCUUAGGCCAGCAUUAUAUCAUCCUCUUUAUAAAGGACAUCCUUCAAUUGUUUUCCUUCUUUUUUGAUCGUUUCAGCUGAAAAAACAUAAAAUGAAUGACCUUCUCAAGGACUCCUUCAGAAAGGACUCUCUCAUGGAGAGCGAUAUUGAGCUAGGAAACCAGUCUGGUAAACUCAAAAGUGCACCAGAUUAUGGAAUGGAUGAUUUUUUUGAUCAGGUAUCAGAAAUUGAGAAGAUGAUUGACAAGAUCUCCAAUCAUCUUCACAAGCUUCAGGAAUCAAAUGAAAAGUCCAAGGGUGCCACUAGAGCAUUUGCGAUGAAAGAGAUUAAACAGCAAAUGGAGAAGGAUGUCAAUGAAGUUGGAAAGAUUGCCCACAAAAUAAAACACAAAUUACAAGAUAUCGACAGAGAUAACUUAACCAACAGAAAUAAGCCCGGAUGUGAAAAGGGAACCGGUGUAGAUCGAUCGAGGAUGGCAUUGACUAAUGCACUUAAGAAGAAAUUGAAGGAUAUAAUGAAUGACUUCCAGAUUUUGAGGCAAACUAUCCAGAAUGACUAUAGAGAGGCUGUUGAAAGAGGGGUGUUCACAGUAACUGGAACUCGACCAACUGACGAGGUGAUUGAUCACCUAAUUGAAACCGGAAAUAGUGAGCAAAUAUUUCAUAAGGCAAUUCAAGAAAUGGGAAGAGGGCAAGUAAUUGGCACAAUAGAGGAAAUCCAAGAGAGGCAUGAUGCUGUGAAGGAGAUAGAGAAAAAACUACUAGAUUUGCAUCAGGUGUUUAUGGACAUGGCUGUAUUGGUGGAGGCACAGGGAGAGAUCCUAGAUAACAUUGAGUCUCAGGUAUCCAACGCGAUGAACCACGUGCAAUCUGGUACAGAUGCUCUGCGGAUUGCGAAAAGCCUUUCAAAGAAAUCAAGAAAGUGCAUGAUAAUAGUUAUAAUCAUCUUUAUAUUAGUUGCUGCUCUAAUUGCGCUCUCAAUUCUGAAACCAUGGAAAUGAUCGUAAAGCAAAGCAAAGUUUCACAGACAGUUUUAUCUUCCAGCUUCAAAAUAGAAAAAGCAGGGAAACUAGAGUAUCUGAUUUUUUUCUUAUUUGGGAAAACAAUAAACAGGACUUCUAAUAUUUUUUUUCAUCUGAUUACUGUACAAUUUUGAGACUCGACUUGCUUUGAGUGUCAAUUAUGGAUUGAACUCCAAAGAUUUCUAUCAAGCAAAUCUACCAUUUUAGGUCAGUGAUACAA